AUGACCCACGACUCGUUACGGAUACGUCGUAGUCGCUGGUCUCGGCCACACUGCCCUGAUGGAGCCGGCGGCAAGUCUUCGAAGUCCAUGUCUUCUGACUUCUCCGAGGAGGGAGGGGAAGCCGAGAUCAGCGCCUUCUGUGGUAAGAAUGGAGGCCGGCGCCCUUGGCUUCGACAGCGCUCCGAGCGCCAGGAAGCAGAGGAGCGGCGACAGCGGCGACAGUGGCGAGCCCAGAGGAGAGCGGCAAAAGGCGCUUCCACGGCUUCGAAAAUCAGCAGCCCUUCCGGCCCUUCCGAGACUUCCGAUGCCGAGCGGAGAUUCCUCUUCCUCGGGCGCCAGCCACGCUUUUGGCGCGGCCUGGACGUGCGGUCCUGGACGACGGAGGUGCAGCGCCCGCACGUGGAACAGCCACCGCCGCAGGAUCCCUCGCUGAUACCUGAUGCAAAGGUCCGGGAGUUCCAAGAGAAUCAAGUGGUGCUGCUCCGUGGGGCCAUCACCGACUGGGUGCCCUACUUGAAGUCGGUUGUCCAGCACCAGAUGGAGCACCCGCAGGUCUCCGCCUUCGUCACUGGCUUGCGGAGCUUCUUCUCCAUGGACUACGUGCAGGCGGGGCUCUUCCUCACCAACGACCGCUUCUUCGACUUCUGGACUUCCUCCCCACUUGCCGGCCUGGCAAAGCAACUCUUACAGUGUGAGGAGGUGAGGCUUAUCGUGGACCAGCUGAACGUGAAUCCGCACUGCCCGCCGUUCACGGACGUGGAGAAGUUCCACACAGAUGUUGGGGUGAUCUCCGCUGUGGCUCGGGAGGAGGAUGUCCUUCGCUGUUGGAUUCCGCUUGAAAGUGGACGGCAAGAGGGGAUUGGGACUUUGGAGUUCGAGGUCCAUGGCGAGCGAAAGAGGUUCGACGUGAAGCUGGGAGAUGUCUUGAUGUUCACGCCCACAAUCCCUCACCGAGUGCUCUUCCCAGCCAAUAGUCAGUAUGAUGAAGACCGCUGCGUUAUCAUCGCAAGCCUACAUGGCUCCACUGCCGACGCGGGUCCCGUGGCAGUGCCCGAGUUUCCCCGCAUCUUCCCGACCACCGAUGAAGCAGAAGUGGCAGCGCGGCGGGAGGGCAGGCUCUACGACAGCGCGGAGCGGUAUUUCCAGCUCUGGGGCCGUCCCUUUGCACUGGCCAAGGAGUGGCUGCAGUUCAUCACCUACGAGCAGAAGAAGCCUUCGGAGUCCAAAAAAAAGCGCAGAGAGACAAUAUGA